AUGGCAGGAAAAUCAGGAAAAGGAACAAGACAAAAGGAAAGAGCAAGAGAGUUCAAUUUAUUUGAAUCAAAAUCACUGAUUUACAAGAAAGCUAGAGUCAUUUCACAACUCAAAUGCAUGAUUCACUCUCAUAGUAGGAACGAGCUGGUUAAAAUAAAGGACGAACAGACAAAAGAAAGGGAAGAAAUGCUGUCUGAAAUUGCCAAGCUUAAAGAAGAAAUUCAAGUGCGAAGUUAUGAAGCGCAGCGAGAAGCCAGGAGAAGGGAGAAUAUCGAGAGGGGAUUGAGAGAAGCAAAGCUUGAUUUAGAAAAUAGAAAUGCUGAGCUGAAAACGAAAGCAGGAAAUCUUCAACGUGCACAGGAAGACAUCACAAAGCUUAAAGAAGAUAUUCAAGUGCGAAGUUAUGAAGCGCAGCGAGAAGCAAGGAUAAGGGAGAAUAUCGAACAGGGAUUCAAUCAAGCAAAGCUUGAUUUAGAAAAUAGAAAUGCUGAGCUGAAAACGAAAGCAGGAAAUCUUCAUCGUGCACAGGAAGAGAUCGCAAAGCUUGACCAGCAACUCAAGGAAGAGAAGGUACUAAAUGAAAAAGCCAUGAAGGAUACAGACAUGUUGAAGGCUCACAUUACCAAGGUGCAGCAAGAUUUUGAUCAGCAACGUCUUAGCUAUGAUCGGCUGGACACAGAAAAUACACAAAAAGCUGCUGAGUUGAAGGCAAAAGAAGACCAGAUUAAUGGGCUGAAACAGGACACCGAGCGUUUGACAAAAAUGGGAGAACCCAUCCAGAGGAAGCUGAAAACCAUUGAGGAUCAGAAGAUUGAAGUUGAGCAGCAGAAAGAAACUUUGAAAGGACAAGUAACGGGAUUGGAAAAAGAACUUGAAUCGAAUAAGAAGCAGGCUGAAGCAGAUAAAAAAGCCAUCGAUGAUCUUGUCUCGUUCACAGACAUCCUUAACAAGGAGAAGAUGACAGAAAAAGAAGAAAUGAAGAUUGAAAUGGAAAAAUUGCAGCGAAACUUUGCCAUCUAUCGCCUGGAGGCGAAGAUGGCUCUUAAUGAGCUUCAGAACAAAUUAGAGGAUGCGGAGAAAGCUCGUGCAAAUGCAAAGAAAAAGAACUUGUUAAGAAGAGCAUUCAGUCGACUCGCUCAACUCUUCCGUCGUUGA